AUGAGACCCACCGGCCACCGUUACGUGUACCUGGCCGUGCUGCUGGCGACGGCCUCGGCAAGGUCGGCCGAGACCAACCCGACGACGAACUCCAUUGACGAGGAGGCCGCAAGGUCGGCCGGGAACGGCAACGUCUUCGGCGACCUGCGUCAGAUCUACCAGGUCUACAAGGAGUGCGCGGACGAGGAGCUGAGCCCCUGCCUGAAAGUGAGACUCCUGUCCGCGGUGGACAGGAUGUACAGGAGCGUCGAGCUGAACGUGGCCGACGGUGUCACGUUCGUCCGCGACGAGCCGGUCGCGCGCGACGACGAGCCGGCGCGGUCGAUCGAGGAGAUCGAGGUGAACCUGCCGAGGGCGCUGGACGACAAGGAGGACGCGCUGAACACGAUGAUCUUCGACAAGGUCGUGAAGUUCUUCCAGAGUCACACGCUGAAGCUGAAGCUGCCGAACGUGGAGGAGCUGCAGCGCAGCCUCGUCGAGGAAGGUCGCAAGAAGAAGAAGAACAUCAGCGGCCUCCUGGCGAUCCCGCUGCUGAUCGGCGGCACUCUGGUGCCGCUGGCGCUGGGAGCCCUCGCGCUUCUCGCCGGCAAAGCGUUGAUCGUCAGCAAACUGGCGCUGGUGCUCGCGUCCAUUAUCGGGCUGAAGAAGCUGGUGUCCGGCGGCGGCGACCACGGACACGAGGUGGUGCAGGUCGGCGGUGGCCACGGAUCGAGCGGAUGGGCGCGAUCGAGCCACGACCUCGCCUACUCCGCCUACAAGCCGUCGUCGACCUAG